CUUGCCAUCUGCAUCUCCCACACGCGGUCUCAUGAACCGCUGACCACAUCCCCGAGAGGCUCUGCUCCGUUCCGGUCACGCACAAUGGCUGACGAGUACCGCGACGACGACCAGCUGGAGGACGAGGAGGAGAUCGAUGAGACCGGAUAUAAAACGGUCAAGGAUGCCAUCCUCUUUGCCAUUGAGAUCAACGAGUCGAUGUUGACCCCCAGUCCCUCCGCCGAUUCGAAAACGAAAGGGGAGGAGUCGCCCGCCUCGGCCGCGCUGAAAUGCGCCUACCACCUGAUGCAGCAACGCAUCAUCUCCAACCCGCACGACAUGAUGGGGGUCCUCUUGUACGGGACGCAGGCGUCCAAGUUCUACGACGAGGAGGAGACCAGCCGCGGCGAUCUCUCCUACCCUCACUGCUACCUCUUCACCGAUCUGGAUGUGCCCUCGGCGCACGAAGUCAAGGAGCUACGGGGGCUGGCUGACGAUGAAGGAGAGGCAAGGAAUGUGCUUGUUCCAUCCAAAGAGCCAGUGUCCAUGGCCAACGUAUUGUUCUGUGCGAAUCAGAUCUUCACGUCGAAGGCCCCGAACUUUCUCUCCCGGCGACUCUUCAUCGUGACGGACAAUGACAACCCCCACGGAGAGAACAAGGCCCUCCGCUCCGCGGCCGCAGUGCGGGCCCGGGAUCUCUACGACCUGGGGGUGUCCAUUGAGCUCUUUCCGAUCUCGCACCCAGACCAUGAGUUUGACCACGCGCGGUUUUAUGACGAUAUCAUCUACAGGGCUUCGCCGACGGAUCCCGACGCUCCCUCGUACCAGCUCGCCGAUUCCAAGGCGUCGACCGCGACGGGCGAUGGGAUCGCGCUGCUCAAGACCCUCUUAUCGAGCAUCCACUCACGAUCGGUCGCCCGCCGGGCGUACUUUUCUAACAUGCCCCUAGAGCUGGGCCCCGACUUCCGGAUCUCCGUGUCGGGAUAUCAUCUCUUUCGCCGCCAGCAGCCGGCCCGCAGCGGCUACGUCUGGCUGGAGGGCGAGCACCCGCAGAUGGCCCAAGGCGAGACCACCGCGAUCGCCGACGAUACGGCGCGGACGGUGGAGAAGUGGGAGAUUAAGAAGGCCUACAAGUUCGGGGGGGACCAAGUCAUCUUCACCCCCGAGGAGCUGAAAUCGCUGCGGGAUUUCGGCGAUCCAGUCAUCCGCAUCAUUGGCUUCAAGCCCCUCUCCGCCCUCCCGUUCUGGGCCAACGUCAAACACCCGUUCUUCAUCUACCCGUCCGAGGCCGACUAUGUCGGAUCCACGCGCGUCUUCGCGGCCCUGCACCGCAAACUACUCCGGGAUCGAAAGGCCGCCCUGGUCUGGUUCAUCCCGCGCAAGGCGUCCGGUCCCGUUCUGGGCGCCCUGAUGGCAGGGCCCGAAAAGGUAGACGAAUACGGCGUGCAGAAGCUUCCCCCGGGAAUGUGGAUCAUCCCGCUGCCCUUCGCCGACGACGUGCGCCAGAACCCCGAGACCCGCCUGACGGUGGCGCCGGAGCCCUUGAUUGACAAGAUGCGCUAUGUGGUGCAGCAGCUGCAGCUCCCCAAGGCCAUCUAUGACCCCUCCCGAUACCCCAACCCCUCGCUUCAAUGGCACUACCGCAUCCUGCAGGCUCUCGCACUCGACGAGGACCUGCCCGAGAAACCCGAGGACAAAACGAUCCCGAAAUACCGGCAGAUCGAUAAGCGCGCGGGCUUCUACGUCCUGUCCUGGGCGGAGGAGCUAGAGAAACAAUACGCCGCGGCCGGCGGGACGGCCGCUCAAACCACGCUGGUCAAACGGAGUGCCAAAGACCGCGAUGCCGAGACCGGAGAUUCAGCCAGUCAGCCGGCGAAGAAGCCCAAGGUCGAGGAUGGUUCUUCCGGUGUCGAGGCUGAUAUCCGCAGCCACUACGAGAAGAAUACGCUGUCGAAGCUCACGGUCCCCAUCCUCAAAGAUUUCCUGCACUCUCACGGCCGUUCGACAGCCGGUAAGAAGGCUGAUCUGGUGGAACGUGUGGAGGAAUACUACGAGCGGAAAUGAUCAACGGCCUUCACCUUAUGAUUGCUACAUACCAUCCUCAAUGACAUCCUAUAUAGUUGGUUUCGCU